AUGGCAUCAUCAUCAUCUCAUUCUCCUUCAGCUCUGUCUUUUCAUCUCAAUCAUGGAAUCACAAUGUUUUUCUUAGUUUUAGAACAGAUCCUCGCAAGACUUUUGUGGAUCAUGUUUACACAAACUUUUGUGCAACAAGGGAUCUACACUUACAAGGAUGACAAAAUACUAUUGAUCGACCCAUCCUUUAAGAAGGCAAUCAAAAAAUCAGAUAUUGCAUCAUCGUAUUCUCUAAAAACUAUGCAGAUUCUUCAUGUGCGAAAACAAAAACGGAAAUACGGAGAAGCAUUUGUGAAACAUGAGUUAGAGAACAAGAACAAAGUCGAAUCUUGUACACGAAUCAAAUUGCUAACAGGUAUGAAUCAUAGGGCAUCAAAGAAAUUGCUUACACUAUUUCAUAGAGUUUGCAGCUAAUAAAAUCAAGCACAAAUGCCCGUAUGCAAAGUUUGAAAUCAAAGUUACAAAUUAACUCAAGUGGUGUGCCCAUGAUUGGAAUAUGGGGGGUUGGGGCAGGUGGUAAGACUACUCUUGCAUCUUCGAUUUAUGAUGAAAUCUCUAUCAAGUUUGAUGGUUGCUGCUUCGUUGA